CUAAAUAUGAAUUAAAAACAUAACUUUAUUACUUAACUUAUCAUGUCAGCGUAAUUUAUUGCAAUUUGCUUGUACGUGGCAGUAGUAAUUGAUAUAAACUACUAUGGAGGAAAAGGCUUAUCUAUGGACGACUGAACUUACCAAAAAAAUGCUUGAACUUCGGUUUCAGAAUGACUGGUUAUUUAAAAAGAAAAAGCAGCCGUGGGCGGAAUUUCGCACAAUCUUAUUGGAAAAUGGAUACCCAGAAACUAUGACCCUGAAUCAUGUGCGGAAGAAGUGGUCUUACACGUAUGAUUGCUACAAAAUUGCUAAGAAAACAAAAAAUAAGAGUUGGAAGUACUAUAAGAUGUUUGAAAAACAUUAUGGUAAAACCACUAUUUUGGAUAAAUAUGAAUCAUGGGAUGAUGAGUGGCGAUUGAAGCUAGUAAUAUGUAUAUCAGAGGCAAAAGAGAUGAAAGUGGAUUACCAGCUCUAUUGGAGGACUGUGGAGAUGGCAAUGAGAAGCCAGGAUCUACCUGCUGACUGCUGCGUCCAAGACAUGAAGGGGCUUUGGCAGCACAUCAUCACCACAUUCAAUAGGAAAUAUCGCCAAAAACUGAAAAAAGACGUAAGCCUCGGCUGGCCGCUAUACGACCCCAUGCUGAGCUACUACCAGCGCUUCGACCCCGACUACCUGGUGCGGUUGGAGACCGAGACGCCCUUGGAGUUCUUCAGUCGGUGUCGCAAGUCCAGCAACAAAUAUGUCAAGAACAAGAGCGCUCACGAGAAUGAGACUGAUGAGUUUCAGUGGUCGAAAGACAUUACUGAGACGUUUAUUCAAAUACGAUUACAAAACGACUGGCUGUUCAGAGAAAGGAAAUGGGCUUGGAAUGACCUUCUGAACAUAAUGAAGCAAGAAUAUGGCUUUCCUGACACUUUGAACGGUAGAGAGAUAUGUCGGAAAUGGGCGGCCACAUUUGGGGAAUACCAGAAGGCAAAGGCUACUAACAACAAGAGUUGGAUCUACUACACAUUAUUCGAGUUGUAUUUGGGCGAGGAGCGGCUGAGCCUUAACCCCCUGGUGGGAUGGCAAGAAGAAUGGGUCUUGAACCUCAUUAGCACAAGAACAGAAUUGGAUUAUUUAUUUAGGUAUACCAAAUACCGGGAUCAAAGUUCUGCAUGGAGGCAAGUGGAGAAAAAACUCCGUACUAUCGGUCUCCCUAUAGACCACAGUUUGUUGGACUUGGAAGAGAUGUGGACGCAUCUUUUGAAAACAUUUAAGUGGAAACGCAAGUUCGCCAACAAGGGUAUCCUCAACGAGCAAUGGGUAUACUUUGACGCAAUGUCUCAGUACGAAUUGCUCAAGACUAAGCCCAAAAUCAAGCAGCAGACAGAUGACGACAAUUAUGACCACGUGGACCAUGUGGAUAAUGUGGACGACGUGGACCAUGUGGACCACGUGGACCAUGUGGAGCAUGAUGAUGAUUUCGAGGACGAUAUCAAGCUGUUGGAUUUGAAACAAAGGUUGAAUCCAAAUAUAGAAGUAACGGAGAAGCAAUGCCGCUCUUGCUUCGGAUCGGGCGCAUGCAUAGACCUUCACAGGACGGAUGAGGAGGGCAUAGACCUGGCCUCCAAGCUGCGGCUCAUCGGAGGCAUCGAGAUGGACAAAUCCGAUAAACUUCCAUGGCAAAUAUGUCUUCACUGUCUCACCGACCUAGAGCACGCAUACAAAUUCCGACGCAAAUGCCAAGACGUUGACAAACACUUCCGCGCCACCAAAUCUAUCAAAAUCGAAGUAGCCAUAGAUGACCGUGAUAACAAUGACUUAGAUAAACAUGACCAGAACACAGGAGACGUAGAUACGCAAUUUGAUGGUUUCCAAAGCGACGCGGAUAUAAAACAGGAAAAGAAACUGGUUAAAUCGGAGGCGAAGAAGAUUAUAGUUAGGAAGAAAAAGAAGAUGCGCAAAAUGAGGUACGACUAUUGGAAAGUCUGUGAAAUCUGCGGGAAACAUACAAGGAACCUGCGCAGCCAUCUAGACAUGCACUCUACCGGAAAAUUCUACUCCUGCGAUGUCUGCGACAAGAAGUUCAAGUUCAAAAGCGGACUCGUCAUACACAAGGCCGUCCACGAUCCCACACCGAAGAAAACUUGCGAAGUUUGCGGGAAAACUUUUCACAUCCUCGCUCAGUAUAGGAGACACUUUGUACAUCACGCGAAUCAAAGGAACCACGAAUGUGGCACUUGUGGCAAAAGAUUUAAUACUUCAGAGAUUUUGACGGUGCAUAAAAGAACCCAUACUGAUGAAAGACCCUAUACUUGUAAUGAAUGUUGGAAGACGUUCAGGACAGCCGGGUGCGUGAGUCGACAUAAGCGUAUUGUACAUAGAAAAGCAGUAAAGAAUCAAUAUUUACUUGACUCUUGUAAGACGGCCGACCCCCGCGGCUUGUGGUUCAAUCUGCGCACAAAGGUUGGUCGUUCAACAGAGCCUACAACUCACAACACACAGCCGCCGGAUAAGGGCUGCCUGCUGCGCCCAGGGUUGCGCAGGAGGCUGUUGUGGGUGGCGGCCGCGCUGCUGCUGUGGAGUCCGCACGCGCAAGCCAGGAAUGUCACACACGAAGAUAUCCGCGACGCCAUGCUGUCGCUAGUUCACAUGUUCCGCACGUCAGAAGACAAGCUCGAGAGACACGAGUACCGCGAGAAAGCGCUGGGAGAACAGCUCAAGAAGAUGCUAGGUGUGCUGGACAAGAAGCACCGCGCCUUGGAGCCGCUUAAAGGAAUGAUAUCACGGUUGGAUGAGAGGCUGUCUAAUGUGGAGACGAUACUGUUGCAGAAAGAGCAACGCGAAAAAACAACACAGAAGGUAACAGAAGAAGCGCUGGACGGCAUCCAGAAGAGCCUGCAGUCUCUAACUGCGAGCGUGGGGAAGAAACCCGCGGACCUGGACAAUAAUCUGACCACUGAUGAGGACCCGGUCGGACGCCGCCUUGAUGCCACGGACUUGAAGAUUGAUGCGGUUAAGAAGGAGAUUGAGAAUUUGAAACAUGCUUUUAGCAAGGACAACCUCCGCUCCAUGUGCCUCGACGCAGCACUCGACGACGGCCACCCGUUCAACAAGCACAUGUCGGACGCCGAAAAACUCCUGACCAAGUACGAGUUAAAGCUCAGCGAGUACAAUGGGACGCGCGUGCAAACUGACUUCGUGCCCCUCAGUGAGGUCUCACUCGCCGACGAGGCUUGGCAUAGCAAGAUGACCGAAGUGAUGGAACGCCAAGAGAAGGAAGUGAAGAAGAUUCAACAACUCCUCGGCGACGCUGAGAGCAUGUGGAAGGACCUGCCUCGGCUAGCUGACCUGCGGUGGUCGACGAAUCUGACGCUGGACGCCGUCGCUGCGGCCGGCGCUAGUCUCACGGAGAACAACGAGCAGGGCGUAUCUAAAGUCGUUACCAAGCUUCGGGAGUUGAGCGACCGCCUCACGAAGACCAACGAGGAUAUCCAGCUGAGCUUGACGCAAGGGAACACGUUGAGCGAGCGAGCGCUUACGGAUAUUUCAAGAAACUACAUCGCUCUCCAUGCUGAGGUCCAAGCGUUAGCGAAGGACGAGCACGUGAUGCAAUCGACAGCGGACAACGUACUGGCCACAAAGAAACGUAUUGAGUACGGCGUCCACCAAAUAUUAGUCGAAGUAGGCGAGCUGGUCCGCGCGCAGGGCUCACGCUUCAACAAAUCUGUUAGCGACAGAUUCGACAGCAUAGAGUUGAGGAUGAUUGAAAACCACGCCGCAGCCCUGAGCAACACCAGCGCUAAGAUUGAAUCAGAAAUGUCGCAAGUUUGGCGGCAGAUCGGCGUCAUGUACCAGCAGAUGACCGCCAACCAGCGGUCGUUGGAUAAACUAACUGAGCAGACCGACCAGUAUGUAAAUACUACCGCCACGACAUUGGACGGCAUGAAAGGCAAGGUCAGCACAAUAACGACGCGGAUGACAGAAGUAAACGAUAACCUGAAUUACCUGCUGGGAAGGUUAUCCCUGGUCACCCAGGAGUUCGGGCAGAUCAAGACGGGGCUCGGUGACGCGCUGGACAAGCUGAAGGACAGUAUGGACACAGUGCAGACUAAAGCUAAACUUGAAGACGCAGGCCCCGGACCCCAUAACAUCACCAGCGCAGAGAUGGCGCCGUGAGCACCGAAGAUGCCAAAUAUCUAGUGUAGUGUAGCCUUAACAACAACUAACCCAAUGCAAAGGUGCUCUUUUACCGGCCAGAACUUAGUUUUAAAAGCUACAAGUUGACGGGUGUAAAACGGCUUUGUGACGAGCGGCAUUUUGGUCAGUGUUGCCACGUUAGACUUGUAAAUUGUUACUUGGACUUGGAGCUUUAUAAAAUGCGCCUCAAAAGUCCGCUUUUAUAUGCAUGUAACCUCUAAUACAAGUGGAUAUCUCUUUCUAACAAAUAGAGAUGACAAUAAACUUCUGCCUGUAUUAGAAAGAAGCAUUUAUAAAACGGAAAGCACCUUAAGGAGAUGUUUACAUUAGGCUGACAGUAGGUAAGCCGGCAGUUAGUGAUUAGAUAUUUGCCUACUAUAAGGAAAUGUAGGCCUAAUGUAAACGUGCCGCAAUACGACUGAACUUAACUUAGCAAUUAAAAUAAAACUCAUGUUUUAACUUUUGCAAAUAUUUAAUCUCUUUCAUAAUUGUGGAUCUAUAUAUUUAUAUUGUACAAGUAAUAUGAUACAAUUACAUUUGAUUGCGACAGUAUUCUGACGUCACUGAGUGAGCACGAAACCAGCAAGUAGUGACUGAUCACUGUACAAUCAUACAAUAUUGAUAUAAUAAUUGAUCUUAAAUAAUAUACACACAAAUUAUUUGUCUCCCUU